AUGUUAACGGGUAAUUCACACAUGCUAAUGUCAGACAUGUUGAUAGGAGAAUUAUUGAUUAUAUGUGCUAGCGUAUUAGGAGGUCUGCUUAUUCUAAUUUGUACCCUAUGCUGUAUUUGUGUGUGCACUGUAAAAAGACGAUCAAGGAAAUCCAGUAAGGCUAGUUCAGUUGGUAUGGGUAGCAGUCUUGACACUAGUGUUGUGAAAUUACCCAGAGUGUUCAUGGAUGGCAACAGGCCUUAUGAUAUACCAAUGCAUGAUAAAAGACGAUGGAGUUAUGUUUCAGAGCCAAUGAUGGAUGAUUAUGUACAUGCUGAAACUUUACCAUUACCGAGACCCGAUGGAACAAAACGUGGGUUUUACAAUGCAUACCAAGAUGUAUUGUAUUUUUUUACAUUAUUUAAACAACCAUAG